AUGUGUCAACUUCAACGACGAUUCGGUAGGAGAAAGAAGGAAGAGACCUGCAAAGACCCAGAUAGACUUUAUGAUGAUGGGGAGAAGAGUAUCAUCGGAGAACAGCUGGAUCAACAUCAGUCUACAGCCACGAUAGGAAAACCAUACACCUGUGACCAGUGUGAGAAGAGUUUCUGGAGUUCAAGGAAAUUGAAGCGCCACAAACAUACCCACACUGGAGAAAAACCUUUCACCUGUGACCAGUGUGAGAAGAGCUUUAGCAGGUCAGACUAUUUGACGAUUCACAAGCGAACCCACACUGGAGAAAAACCUUUCACCUGUGACCAGUGUGAGAAGAGCUUUAACCGGUCAGACUCAUUGAAGGUCCACCAGCGAACCCACACUGGAGAAAACCCCUACUCCUGUGACCUCUGUGAGAUGAGCUUUAGCCAGUCAAGCUAUUUGACGAUUCACAAGCGAACCCACACUGGAGAAAAACCUUUCACCUGUGACCAGUGUGAGAAGAGCUUUAACCGGUCAGACUCAUUGAAGGUCCACCAGCGAACCCACACUGGAGAAAAACCCUACUCCUGUGACCAGUGUGAGAAAAGUUUCACGGACUCAUGUUCAUUGAAGCGCCACCAGCGAACCCACACUGGAGAAAAACCCUACUCCUGUGACCAGUGUGAGAAAAGUUUCGCGGACUCACGCUCAUUGAAGAGCCACCAGCGAACCCACUCCUUUGACCAGUGGGAGAAAGAGUUCAGUGACUCAUACAGUGUGAAGCUCCACCAGCCUACCCACACUGGAGAAAAACCUGACGUCUGUGCUCACUCUGAGAAGAGUUUCAGAGAACCAGACCACAUGGGAGAAAACCUUCACUCGUGCACUGAGACUGUUCAGAAAGAGUGAGGUGGACUGUUUGACACAACUCACUGUUAAAAGAUGUUGUGUGAAUUUUAAAAGUUGUUCAAAUGUUCUCAAUAAUAUUCAAAUGCAUGCACUUAAGUUGUCAACUUGUAUUUUUUUCCACAGCAAAAACAAACACAAAGCUCCCUAAAGAACAAGGCACCACAGUCACUUAAAUGUAAUAAUGUUAUAAAUAUGUGGUAAUUGAACAACAAGCUAAAGCCUACUGAUUUCUAAAAGUGUGUGUUUUGAGCCUUUAGUCUCACAUAAGCUAGAUAGAGCGUCGCUUUGAACCAUAAACUAUUACCAAUGCUGACUGUACUCAUUCAGGCCAUUUUACCCUCAGAAAGAGGUUCCACAGGGGUCUAUCCUUGGUCCAUUCAUGUUUACAUUAGAUGUUACAUCACUUUUUCCAGUAGCCACACUUUCUCCUUCGACCUUUUCUCUGUUGGGGAGGUUUGUAAGGCUCUAAAGGGCCUAGACCCCAAUAAAUCAGCAGACCCAGACGAUCUCCCCCCUUGUUUCUUACGUCUAGCUGCAGAUAUUAUAGCCCAACCAGUGUGUCAUGUUUUUAAUCUUUCUAUAACAAACAAUGUCAUUCCAGAUGUUUGGAAAACUGCAAAUGUUCUCCCCUUAUUGAAAGGUGGUGAUUCCAUGCUGAUGAAUAAUUACAGACCAAUUUCCAAGCUCUCUAUUUUAGCUCAAGUACUUGAAAGGCUGGUGAAUGAUCAAA